AAACAAAAACAACCUGACAGUUCGUCUAAAAAGUACUGCCUUACCCCAAGCCCCCAACCAACAGGGCGCAAAUUGGAAAGACGUGAACAAAUACAAAAUAAGUGGCAAUGCCUUACGGUUCAAGUACUUAGAGUGAAGAGUGAAUGAAAUAGCAAAGAAAUCCGACCUAGUUAAUGUUUGUAAACAUCCUAUUUCUUAUUUUAGCAGCCUCUAUCACAUAAAAAAUUAAAAAUUCAGGGGGUGGGAAGAAUAGUUACUUUUUUAAUGUCUUCUUAUUAAAAAAAAAUGUCAGCCGAUGACAUUAAUGAAAAAAUCGAUUAUAAGAAGGAAGAAUCUGACUGCUUGAAUAACCUUCUAGUGGAUGAAAAUUACUAUUCCUGGCAACUUGAAGACAUAUGGAACAUGGGAAAGGUCAUUGAAAUUCAAGUAGCUAUCGAUAAGUGCAAAGAAAGUAUCCUAGCCUUGGAAGAAACAUCUGAAGAAAAACGCCUUUUAGUACAGCGGCUAGUUAAAUUACGUCUGAGGCUUCAAGAAGUUCAGGAACUUGAAAUAUACAUGGAUCCUAAAAAAAUGAAACUGGUGCAAAGCCACAAAUUUGUUUCCUUAAGUGUAACACAACUGAAGUUCCACCCUUCACAAAUAUAUUGUGAAACAUGCUGUGGUCUUAUUUGGAUACCAGUUCAAAGUUGCUUUGUAUGUUUAGAUUGUGAAUACAUAUCUCAUGGGCAUUGUCUGAACAGUGUCAAAAGAAUCUGUGCAUCUAUUAUGGUGAAAGAAAAUCCUACUUACAUUCUAGAAAUUUGCCCAGAGAAAAGCUUAGGAAAUCAAAACUACCGUUGUGCUGAAUGCAAAGCCGACUCUACACUAAACCAACCACUUUUGUGUGAUUACUCUGGUCACUACUUUUGCAGUGAAUGUCAUUGGGGAAGUUUAAGUAUAAUUCCAUCGAGAGUGGUGCUGAACUGGGACUUCCAAGGUUAUCCAGUAUCUAAAGGAUCAAAACAGUAUUUAACUUUAAUGAGAAAAAAAUCUAUUCUUAAUUUGGAAUCCAUCAAUCCUAAGCUAUUUAGCUUUGUAGAAGAACUUGCGUAUGUCAAGCGAUUAAGAAGUAACGUCAUGAUAAUGAAGGAAUACAUUCUAGCAUGCAAAGAGGCCUUAGAAGCUAAACUGCUUCGUCUCUUAGAAGACCGCCAACAUUUUGUGGAGAAUGCGGACUACUACAGUCUUCAGGACCUCAUCGAUAUUUAUAAUAAUGAUAUGCUGUCUUAUCUUGACCCUAUACAUAGUCAAUUUUUUCGGCAUAUUACCCAAGAUUGUUUGGGUUGCCGAGGUAAAGGUCAUGUAUGUCGAUUAUGUGGCCAACUUCCCGAAGUCUUUCCCUUCGAGGUUUCCGUCUCGCAAUGUGAUAACUGUCGCAGUGUAUUUCAUCGACAUUGUUUUGAAAAAAAGGGCGUUGUUUGCCCGAAAUGUGCCAAAGAUAAAUUUGUCAAUUAGGAAAGUUUCACUGUUGUUGUUAUUUAACGAAAAUAUAGGAUUUGUAUGUAGUUAGCAUAAUUAGCACUGUUUACGAUUUA